AUGAGCGCAAGCACAAGUAACACUAGCGAAGCGACUAGCGCGACACACACGCAGGAAAGUUCCUCUUCCCGCGGCAGCUUUGUCUUUGUGCUGCCGCCGCCGCCCACGAUAUGGAUCCACUUUAACGACGGCACGCGGAUGGCGUUCACGCCGUCCCCUGCUCAGUACCUGCAGUCGGUGCUCCACGGCGCCCCUGUGUUUGGCUCACCACCACCAACAAGCGGCGGCGCUAGCACAGACGCGAGUGCAAACAGCGCCGACGCGUUCCUCACGGCACUGAAUGAGCUCUUCCAGCGCGCGCAAGAGCAGCAGCAACACGGCCCACCGCCCACGAGCAAAGGCGUUCUGGACAAACUGCCCGUCAAGUUGUGGACAGCGUCGAUGCAGACGACGGAGCGCCACGCAGAGUGCGUCAUCUGCCUGAGCGACUACGAGACGGACGAUGAGGUUCUGGCGCUGCCUUGUGGCCACACGUUCCACAAAGAGUGCGGUCUGACGUGGCUCGUACAGCACAAUGUGUGUCCCACGUGCCGCUUCGAGCUGCCGACCGAGGGACAGGCAGAUAACGGGUCACUGGCGGUCGUGGCACCGCCAGCAGCUACGUCGGCAUCAGAGCAUGUCUCGUCUUCAGAAGAUCUGAGUAUCAGUGUGACGGGUGUGCGUCGCCAGCGUCCGACCGAGACGUUCCACCCGCGGGACGUCCGCCAGCGGAUGAGCGACUCACGUGCACUGACGUCAGUGACGACAGGAGCGGACGAGGCAGAGCUGGACCGGAUGCUGGAGCAAGAGGCCGACCGGUUUGUCAAAGAGGAGAUGGAGACGAGUCGGGUGGUAGUUAAUAGUGGGCAGGACGACGGCGUGGAGAUUGAGGACGGCGAUGUCGAAGAGCUGCUCAGUGAGUCAGCGACAACAGUUAGUACCUAG